UACCACCUGCCCAUUAUGACUGAACUGGUCGCGUUUGAAGACUCACCACUUGGAGAUUACUUGAGGGAUAUUGCAGCGGGUGAAUCGUUGAUCAUUGACAGCAAUGAAGCUGGAUUUACCACGACCGGUGGGCCAGACCAUGCGAAAUCCCCUAUCCCGCUAUCGCUUUGGACCCGUGCACAAAGCUGGCUGCAUGGCAAUCUAUCUUUAGGAAAUAGUUCUGAUAAGGAGUUCGAAGCCAGGCUGUGCUCUGUGCUGUGGGAUAGCAUUGUGCGUACGCUGGCAAAUUCUGGCCAUAUGGCGGUACGGUACACGCCACGUACUAGCCACAAGCAUGCCACUGAUAUGCCUAGCCAACAAUUGGGCGAUCUAAGACCGCGUAGCAGUCGUAGCAACGACAUAGCCAAGCAUACGGUUGGGCCACUGGUGCUUGGUGCCGCUUUCCUAAUCAGGACUAGAAGCAGUGUACGGCCAGCUCUGAUGGCCCUGAGUGCAUUCAUAGCUGCUGCAGUCGUUUGGUCAUCAUGGCACAAGUACUCCAGUCAAAUAGCAGCAGCACGUCGAGCCGAGGAGUAUAUUGACAGUCUUACGGACAUGUGUCAAUCGAGCCGUGUGCUAGACGUAGCGAUACAGCGCGCGCUGCGGUUGGUACAGGAGACUGAGCUUGUAGCUCGUGGGUUUCGCUGGGCAUCACCCAGCUCCAUACCUGGUGUUGAUGCCCGACCAGGCCGUGGAGCCAUACGCACUGCAGUAUACCUACGCAAUGCAGUUGGUGAGGCAUUACGCGAAUCGUUUGACGCGGUUGCAUUGGCUGUUGAGCAGGUUGCCGACCAGGAUACCCUGCUUGAGCUAUCGCAAACCAGAGAAAAGUUCACCCAGCACACCGAUUUUAGCGACAGCGGGCUGUCACUCGAAGUACUACGGGCCCGGUUUGAGCUGCACUUUAGUCUACGCCGGCGAUGGCUGCAGCGAGUGCUUGACACUGCCGAGCCACUGUCCUUACCCACGAUGAACUCCGCUGCAGCACUGCAGAGUGGACUUUCGGGAAAUACACUAGCCACGUUUGCACAUAUCAGAGCUGCAUCAGAAAAGGGUGUAGACAUGAUACGGAAGGUUGAAAAUUCGGCGCAUACCUCGGCACAGAUAAUAGUCUGCCGUGAAAGCAUUGGGCUGGAUGAUGAUGGGUGCCAGGAGUUGAACAGCGGUGCGGUAAACCGACCUAGCCCAGAAGCAACAGCCCGGCUGUUUUCAUCACUAAAAGCAGAACUGGACACCCUCAAUGCCCAAUACCAGGCAGCACUGACGGUCUUGACAUGCGAUGAUUGUGAGGGGCCACAGGCGUCGAGCAGCUGCAGAGAAAGCACAACCUGUGUGAUUGACCAACACGAUAUUCCCGAUGGUGCACGCGUAUUAGGGUACUCGGGGUUUGACCUGAACGACUUGGAUGUUCCUGAGCAAACCUUCGAGGCCGAUCCAGCGAUUCAGGAGUCGCGUGGGCAGAGUUCUAACGGAAAACCGCAGCUCCUUGACCGCAGUGAGCGUAUCCGGCUGCAGCGCCAGAAACGUGAAGGCGAGAUCGAGGCACGCGAGCGCAGAAACGACAUCCACAGCAUGCUGAACGAGCUUCGGUCUGCCAUUGACGAAAGAUCUAGGAAAUGAGGCGACCGCAGCAGCUCAUGUGCCAGCUAUUCUAGCCCCCAGUGACACGCUUGACAAAAUACCCGUUCUUAUGCCCAAGACUAUCGUAGUGGGAGGCAACGCGCUCUGCUUCCGCCCGCGUGUUGUACUUUCCCUGCAGCGGAUGCUGGACGCCGUUGGUAUCGAUCCGGUAUACAGCAAACUGCUCCUUCCGGUUGCUAUGUGCAGCAGCACGCUGCGUAUCAUUUGGCUUGCGACUAAACUGCCGCAGGGCCUGUACUGGUCUACGAGUCCUGCUCCACAAAAGAGAUCCAGGCGGAUGCUUCAUGAUAGAAU